UUCAUCAUGUGUGAUUAGCUUUUACUCUCCUCGUGGAAGAUGAGUGACAUGGAUUCUAGCUCCUGGACUUCUCUCCGUUUGGCGGUGAGCACAAACUGGACAAAGGACGCAGAUGGGACAUUGUCACCGCGCACUCAGCUUUUUCUGGAGAUCCUUAUGGUGCUGAUGUGUGUUGGAGCUGUCACAGGUAAUAUUCUGGUCAUUGUUAUUGUGGCUGCAACUAAAACUUUCCACUCGGUGACAUCAGUGUUAAUCAUGAACCUGGCCGUCAGUGACUUGCUUGUGGGUGCUGGAGUCAUGCCUUUUAUCGCCCUGUCUCUUAUGAACAGCGGGUGGGAGCAGUGUACUGAUCUAUGCUUGUACGUGGGCUACACCUCCUCUGUUUACUGCACAGCCUCUGUCCUGACACUGGCUGCCAUCGCUCUGGAUCGUUACUACUCCAUCGUGGACUGCUUACACUACACUUCCCGCUGCACCCUGUGGAGGACCUGUGUUGUCGUCCUGUGGAUUUGGCUGCAGGCCCUCACCACCAGCUGUCCUCCUCUCUUGGGCUGGGGUUCAGUGAAAUAUGUGCCUUCGAUGUUUAACUGUGCUGUCAACUGGUCUAUCAGUCCAAGCUACACUGCCUUCAUGGCUAUCCUGUCCUAUCUAAUCCCAGCAGUGGUCAUCCUCUUUUGCUAUUUUAACAUUGUGAAGGUGGCACGUAGCCAUGCCAGGAGGAUCCACACUCUGGAGGACUCUGUGCAGCGCAGCAGGAACUCCAGCACAGUCUUUGCCUCAGGUGAUUCUUCUCACGAGCACUGCGGGAGUCUGCACGCACCUUCAAAACUCAUCUAUCAUGUGAGCGGACAGUUUGUGUCUGAGUUCAGAGAAGAGCAAGGGACUCUUCCUGCAUCAAAUGCAAGGCACACCAAAUCCACUUCUAGACGUUUCUUCUCUUUUCUCGCGCAUACAGUGUCCCCUCCAUCUUCGCUGUUGCCCCAACAGAAUCAACAUGGAGUAGUCCGCCUGUUCCUGGUCAUCUGUGCCUUUUUCCUCUGCUGGACACCUUACGUGGGAGUUUCUUUAGUCCAAGCCACUGAAACGGCGAUCUCAGGCCAGACUAAUCUCGUCCCACCUUUCGCAGUUACUUUCUCAUACUGGCUGGUGCUGCUGAACUCAGACAUUAACCCUUUACUGUACGCUCUGUUGAGCAAGCGUUUCCAAGGAGCUUUUCAGGCACUGAGGCAGAAGGUAAGUACACGCCUGGGGGGUCUGAUGGGCAGAAGAGUGGAGGGCAGAGCUGACGUGGAGGAGGGCACUAGGUACAGUGAACCCAGUACUCUUACAACAAAUCCCAGCAUGCCCUCCUGCUCAUCAGGUACAGUCUAUGACCACUCCAAGUAUUGCUCCUCAGUAUUCACUGUAAGUACGAACUACAAACAAACUUCUGGAGAGCGACUCUGCAAAGUGUGUCAUCCAGACCAUGCCUCCCCCUCGUGUUCAGUGUGGCAACAGAAGCCUGGGGCUAGGCAGCUGGACUGUCUGCAGGUCCCCCCUCGGCCACUAGAGGGCAGCAGACUACCUUUCUCUGCACUGACCAAGGAGCGCCAGGCUACUUUCUUCUAUGGACAAAUUACAGUCAGAGUAGAGCAUGAUGUCUUAUAGUAUCUUUGUUCUACUUACAAGCCAAUGUUUAUACAGAUUUGACAAAAGAUUAAAUUGUAAAUUAUGUCAGAGACAAAACACAAACCAAUCAAAGACAAGAAAGUGCAUAAAUAUACCUUUUUAUAUACAAAAGAUCUGAUAGUUGGAAGAAACUGGACAUCAAGGCUAUUAAAACCAUAAUUUAUUUCUGUUUUUAACAUCUCUUUCUCAUUUGUGAUAAUCAUAUGUUCAUAUGCAUCUUAGUGUAAAAAUCAUCAUUCCUUACAAAGGUUUACAUUUAUGUCUAGCAAUAAUUCCAGAGGAAUACAAUAUUAUUCAUUAUUGUCAUAAAGAAUGACAAUGGGAAACAGUGCUAAUGUACUCCAUUGCAAAAUAAAGUAAAGGCAGUGAAGUGGUUCAGUUUAUGCUCAUACAUUAUGUGCAUGCUCCUCCAGAUGUUACUGUGACCACACCAGUUUAAUCUGAAACCAAAUGCAAUAAUAUAAAAAAGUCAUAGUGAUGAAAAAUGCUUGAUCAGAUGUGUUCAAGGAACAGUAUUUGAGCCUCUCUGCACUGUAAAGAGGCUCAUAUAAAGUGAUUCAAUGAUGAGUGUACAUUCACAACAAGUCCUCAGUCCUCAGUGUCUCCCAAAGCUGGUGCCAGCCUGUUCUGUUUAUUCAUAGCUGUAAAAGAUUUGUAAUGACUUAUUGGCUGAAAGACUUAAAACUCAAGCAAGGAAAUAAAGAUUUGCUAUGCUUUCAGUCUAGUCACAUUUCGAGAAUAUUUUGUCAUGCGAAGAAUGACCAGAUAGUGUGAUAAGUCAAAUACAUCCCAAUGCAUAGGCCUACAGUGUAUUUUCUGCCUACAUGUUAUUUACAGGAGCAUAAACAUCAGUAUACUGAAUGUUUAAAGUCAAUAUUAAAGUUUAUGUAUAUUGGUCUGUAUGUAUUUACUUAGAAAAAGUCUGCAUGGUAUGUGCUUUUGCAAAUUAUAGUUUGGUUUGUAUAGUUUUAUGAAAGCUCAUCUCCAAUUUCCCAUGCAAUAUAACAGUAUGCUGUUAGUAUGCUGCUGGUUUUAAAUGUCGAGACAAAAUGUGGGUCUAAGCCGUACU